CUUAAAUCCACAACCAGCAAACAAAAAAAGUUUCUGUGUCAAAUCUCUCCAAAGCCCUCUCUAACUUGGCUUUUCUUCCUCAACUGCGCUCGGUCCGUCGUGUCCUUCUUCUUACGUAAUCUCGAAGUCGGUUGUUGUUUCAAUCCUGCCAUGGCCGAAGGGAAGUUCGAUCUGCCUGAAGAUCUCACCUUUUCCAAAUCUUCUGAUCACUUGAAAGAAUUGGCCUCAGAUAACAACAUUCCUUUGUCUCCCCAGUGGCUUUACACGAAAUCAACCGAUAGCAAGAUGGAUGUUCGAUCUCCUACUCCUGUGCCCAUGGGAAAUCCAAGUGACCCUAAUCUCAAGGAUGCAUGGCGCUUGGAUGCACCCGAAGACAAAAAGGACUGGAGGAAACUUGUGCCUGACAGUGAAACUAGUCGCAGAUGGCGUGAAGAGGAAAGAGAAACUGGACAUUUGUCUUUCUUUGGGUUUCACAUCUUGUGGUGA